CUUCAUGUGGUGGCACGAUUUCAAAAUGCAUGUUUGGAAGCUACUCUGAAGAUAUGAAGUAUGCUUCUCGGUAUUCUCUUUACAUACCAAGUAUGGAUCUUCACCUGCAUUUUUGAAGCUUCAGCUGAUUGGGAAUUGUCAUGCUAUAACGAGUCUCUGCAUAUACAUUGUUGCUCUGAAAAAACAAUAAUUAUUCAUGAAGCUCACUUUGGUUAUUUUCGUGAGAUUCUACUUAUAUCGAACUCAGCCGAUCGGUGUCGUAUACAGAAUUCUCGAGAUUGUUGGGUCGAUGUGACUGCCGAUAUAUCUAGAAGAUGUUCUGGUCAUUCUGUAUGUAAAAAUUCCGUUCAUUAUUCAUCUGACUUGUCUGCUGAUUUGUUGGCGAGAGAAUGUUCUUUCAUAAUCGACAAUGCAGCUGAGCCAACUUUGUUCGUAGGGUAUGACUGUAUUUCAACAAGAUGAUAUCUCAAGUCAUAGUGAGUUUAUUCACAUAGUUGAUUGUUUCCAGGUAGACUGUCAAUGCAUGAUUUUACUGAAGAAAGGUUUGUUGUACUGUAAACUAUGUUUCUAUGAACAACUGCCUGUUGUCUUCAGUAUGAAAGCAGUAUAUAUGUAUCCUUCUUUUUUUCUUAGGUAAGUUCAACUGGCCUAUAUUUCGUGUUUUGGUUUUAUCGGCUUAAUUAUGUCCAUUUAACUACUUUGAGCAACAUGUCUUUGGAAGUGAAACAAUAAGUAUGACACUUGUUUAGUUUAGUGUUCUUGGUUGUCG